AUGGGCCAGAGGGAGGGAACAGGAACUGCUAGGAGGAGCUUUUGUGUGGUUCCCUUGCCCCUUGUCUCCCUCCGGUUCGCCCAAUCAGGCCUUGCCACGUGGGUACACACGCGCCAGCAGUGGAGGACAGGGGGAGGGGCGGGGGGACGAGCGCCACAGGAGCAGAGGCAAAGGGGGGGGGUACCAGGGGGUGAACGCGGGGAAGGGGCAGGUGGUGGGAGGGCGGAUGAUGCUGGGGGUAGUGGUGCGGAGCAGGAGGGGCGUGCCACAGCAAAGAAUGCAAUCAGUCCCGGCACUACAUACGAGCAACUCCUCUCCACCAACCUUCCCUUCCCCAAACCUGUGCCGUUGCCUGAGAUGGUGGAGUUCCUAGUGGGAGUGUGGGACCAGGAGGGCCUCUAUGACUGA